UCUCACCAAUCACUCCAAUUCCUUUCUUUAUAUAACUUAAUCACCAAGAAAUUUUAAAAACUUCAUUGUCACCUUUCAAUGUGUUAUAGUUGUAGUGGUUGUGAACAAAUAUUAAAAUAAUAAUCCCUUACCUUCACCCUCCCCUCCUUUCAAAAACCUUACUCACAUUAAUUUCUCUUCCUCUUUAUACCAAAAAAAGCAUAUAUUAUAAACUAUACUAUAUAAAAAAAAUGGUUGAUCCACGAAGAUACCAUUACCAACCCACAAUUUCUUUUCCAGUUUCUGAUAAUAUAUCAUCACAACAAAAACCUCACACCAACAACAACAACAACAACAUUUGUCAAACAAAAAACAUCAACAAUGAUCCACAUGAAUCUGGUAUGUGUUCUCCUCCUUUAUGGACAACAAAGAGUAAAAGCAACAACUACAGAAGUCUUUCUCCUGAGUCAAAGACAGAAGCCAUUGAAAGAGGUCAAAGAGAGUUAAUGGAAAUGGUCAAGAACAUGCCAGAGUCAAGCUAUGAACUCACUCUAAAAGAUCUUGUAGAGGAACAACAUCACCAUCAUCAUCAUCAUCAUCAUGUUGAAGAAAACAACAACAACAAUAUCAAUAGGGUGGUAAAGCAGAAGAGUUUGAAUAACAAAAAGGCCAUGAAAAGAGAAGGGAUGAUGGAUAAGAGAAGUAUUAGUACCGGCCAUGGGAAUAUUGAUAGUGGAGGAUUUUAUCUGAAAAUGGUUUUUCCAAUUUCUUUAGGAUCAUCAAAGAAACAAUAUAAUUACAAGAAGAAUAAAGAGUCAUUGGUUAAUGAUAAUAAGAAUAAUUCAAAGGUUUCUCCUAGAACAUCAUCAGUUUCUGAUCAUGGAUCUGUUAAUAAUAAAGAUUGGUGGAAGAAGAAGAAGAGUGGUUCAGAAUGUGGAGGUGAAAGUGAUCAUAGUGCUAGCACCAAAAGAUCCAGUAGUAUCAGUACCAGCAGCAGUUGCAGCAGCCGGAGUAAUACUAGCAGGCAUGAAAUAAGUGCUAGUAGUUGUUGGCCUUUCACACGAAGGUCUGAAACCCUAUCACAGAAGUAAGUUUGUUUGAAAAACAUGAAAAAUCAGUGUGAAGAAUAAUGGUGGAACAAAAGCUAUAUACACUUGAGCUUCUGAGAAUCACAGUAAUGGUUGCAUACUGCUUAAUCAAACACAUGCUAAGUGUUCUGUAUGAUAUUUUGGGCUGCAUAAUAUUUGCAAAAUAUUGUAUGAAAUAUUAUGUAUUUGUAUCAUUGUUAUUUGAAAUUUAGAGACAUGGGAGCAUGUAAAACCAAGUAUGCAAAUACUGGAUUUGAACUACACUAUGAAAUAUGUAUUAUUAUAUUU